CACGAGCACGCAGUCGCAAGCACCCCCCCCCCCCCUCCUCUCUUGCUGCGCGCCACGAUGCCACUGCCGUCCAUGAGGCUUGUGCGCCUCGUGGUGGCCUUGUUAUGGUGCGCCCUCCUCUGCGCCGACGCGUCGGUGCACGACUACACCGGCGAGUGGUUCGCCGGCGUCGGGAACGCCUUCGUCCUCCACGGCGGCAGUGAGGGCGUCUACGCCUCCGCUGCGGCGGGCGCAUUCAUCCGCUUCGAGAAGGUCGCCUUCAGGAGGACGCAGGAGUCUGCGGCUGAGGCAGAGCAGGACGGCAACCGCACGGCCACGGUCACGGCGGUCAUCUUCGAGGCAGGCGACCGCGACGCCGUCGGUGGCACGGACGUCUCCAGCGGGCGCGCGCUCUGCUGCAGGCCGGACAUGGCGAAGAUGGGGACAUGCACAGAGGGGGCGCUCGUGUACCGCGCGCCGAAUGGCACCGGCGGCUGGCCCAAGGUUCUCGCGGCCUCGUUCCUCCCGGGAGUCCUCGAGGCGGCGUUCCCGGACGAGACCGUCACCGUAGCGCGCACCGGCAUGUACACCCUCCUCUUCGUCCACUGCGACGCAUCGCUCGCCGGCGGGGCCGGGCAGGUGUCCGCUGAGGGCAAGACCAUAUGGAAGAACAACCGCGGCUACCUCCCCGGCCGGAUGGCCCCCCUCGUGCCUUUCUACGGACUCAUGUCGCUGGCGUUCGCCGCCCUCGCGGCGUACUGGUUCGCGCAGUACGCGCGGUUCUGGCGGGAGGUGGUGCCGCUCCAGAGCUACGCCACGCUCGUGAUCGCCCUAGGGAUGGUGGAGUCCGCCACGUGGUACUUCGACCUCGCCGAGUUCAACGAGUCCGGCGUCCGGCCGCGCGGCGCGACGUUCUGGGCGGCCACGGCCGGCGCGGCGCGCGGCGCGGUGUCGCGCGUGCUGGUGCUGCUCGUCGCCAUGGGCCACGGCGUGGUGAGGCCCACGCUCUCGGGGCUCAGCUCCAGGGUGGCCGGCCUCGGCGCGGCGUUUUUCGCCGCGGCGGAGGCCCUUGAGGUCGGUGAGAACGUCGGGACCGUCAGCGACCACUCGCCGUCGUCGGCAAAGAGGAUGUUCUUGGUGCUCCCCGUCGCGGCCCUGAACACGGUGUUCGUCUACUGGAUAUUCAGCUCGAUGUCGAAAACUCUGAACAAGCUUAAGGCGAAACGAAUGACGGUGAAGCUGGAGAUGUACCGGAAAUUCACCAACGCCUUGAUCAUUGCAGUGGCCGUGUCGCUCGGAUGGAUCACAUUUGAGAUCCACUUCAAGUCGACGGACGGGUACAGCGAGCGGUGGCGCGCCGCGUGGGUCAUCCCGGCGGUGUGGCAGCUCAUCUCCUUCUCGCUCCUCUGCGCCAUCUGCCAUCUAUGGGCGCCCUCACACAGCUCAACGAGGUACGCCUACUCGGACGAGGAGGAGGGCGAGGACGUGGACCGUGACCUGGAGGACACGCGGCCGCUGAUCCGGCCGGGACCGCUGUCCUACGUGGACACCUGGGCGAUCUCCGUGUCGCACGACGCUACUACGGUCAUACUGAGGACUGACUCCGGCGUGUACGCGAAAGCCGGCGACGGCGACAAGCGGGUCUAGCUCCAAGAGCUGGGGAUACGGAUCGCCGGUUUCGUAGUGUAGCACGUAGCGUUCAAAACUGUACCGCAGAGGAGUUUGUUGUGAAUAUGAUGCUCAAUUAUCAUGUAAUUAGAGUAAUAACUGCAUUAGGCAGUUAACUUUUGGAAAGAUAUCGUUGGGGCAACCGCCUUUACUAACAGGUGCAUUCCCGUCUGCUUAAUUCUAUAAAUAUGUAAAUAUUAUUCAUCAAUAAAUAUAACUACUUUAUGCCCAUAA